ACAGUAUUCACUUGGCUAACGCGGUGAAAGCAACGCGAAAUGGCUCCGACUCUGACACUAAAGUUCUUUGUGGGCCUAGGCUUGGUCUGCCUGGCGCUGAGUGCAGCUGUGCCACAAAUGGCGGCACCCAUGGAUGACGAGGAAUCCAUGCAUCCACAUCUGCCACGUAGCGGCACUCGUGGCAGAACGAUCAGUGGUGAGGCGACUCAGGCCUACUGGCACGAGGCCAGCAAGCAGCUGCUGCGUGAGAAGCUCAGCCAAGUGCGGAACACAAAUCGUGCCAAGAAUAUUAUACUCUUCCUGGGCGAUGGCAUGGGACUGGCCACGUUGGCUGCUGCCCGCAGCUACAUUGGCGGCGAGGAGCAGAAACUUUCGUUCGAGGAGUUCCCCUUCACGGGCCUCUCGAAGACCUACUCCGUGGACAAGAUAACGCCGGACAGUGCCUGCACCUCAACCGCCUAUCUGUGCGGCGUGAAGGCCAACUACGGCACCAUCGGUGUGAAUGCCCAUGUGCUGCGUGGCGAUUGCCAGGCCAUGGCCAAUGCCAGCAAUCAUGUCUUCUCCCUCGGCAAGUGGGCAAUGGAUAGCGGCAUGGCAGCCGGCCUGGUGACCACCACACGCGUGACCCAUGCCUCACCCUCGGGCGUUUAUGCCCACACGGCGGAUCGUGAGUGGGAGAACAAUGCGCUGCUGGAGGAGGGCUGUGGCGAGCAGGCCGAUGGACUGCAGGACAUUGCCAUGCAGCUGAUCUAUGGCGAGGUGGGCAGCAAGCUCAAGGUGAUGCUCGGCGGCGGCAAGCGGAACUUCUACGAUCCCGAGUUCUAUGACAAGGGUCGCCGCACCGAUGGACGCAAUUUGGUGGAGGAAUUCGAGGCGCUGCAGGAGGGCAACACCUUCGUGAAGACACAGAAGAAGCUGCUGAAAGUGAAUGCCACAGAGACGGGUCGCCUGUUGGGUCUCUUCAGCAGCGGCCACAUGCACUAUCAUGUGGAGCAGCUGGCCGAUCCGGAGAACAACGAACCCACGCUCGAGGAGAUGACGGAGAAGGCCAUCGAAGUGCUGUCCACCGAGGAGCGGGGCUACUUCCUGUUUGUCGAGGGCGGCAAGAUCGACAUCAGUCAUCACGAUACCAUGGCACGCAUUGCCCUAGACGAAACCGCCGAACUGUCGAAGGCUGUGAGGCGGGCCCGUGAGUUGACCAACCCCGAGGACACGCUGAUUGUGGUCACCUCGGAUCACUCGCACGCGUUCAGCGUGGCCGGCUAUCAGCCUCGUGGCAGCGACAUCUUUGGAGCGGCCAAGUCGAAGGGCCAGGACAAGAAACCCUAUCUGCCCCUGAGCUAUGCCAAUGGCAAGAGCUUCGAUCUGUACUACAACACGUUAACGAAUGAACGUGAGGAUCCCGUUGCCCUGGCCACUGGGGAUUUCGAUCAGCUCUUCCCCGCCAUGGUGCCCCUCGAGUCGGAGACGCACGGUGGCGAGGAUGUGGGUGUGUUUGCAUCCGGUCCGUGGGCGCACCUCUUCACUGGAGUGUACGAGCAGAACACCAUUCCCCACAUGAUGGCCUUUGCCGCCUGUGUGGGCGAUGGCCUGACCGCAUGCCAGAAUGCCAGCGACUGAUUGACAGCCAGAAGGACUUUUAAUUAGAGUUUCGUCCACUCGACGAUUCUCACGUCCGCAUUAUCCAACAUCAAUGAAUACUCAAACAAAAGAUUGAGAGACGCGAAGCACCGAAAUUCGAUUGGGGAUUAUUUUGUACAUUGUAUGAGACGCGUAAUUUCCAAUCAAUAAAUAGCAUACCUCAAUAUAUAUAUAUAUAUAAACAUA